AUGGGCAGUGCCAGCCCUGGGCUGACUGUUCUGCCCCCCAACCGCCUCACCCGGCCAGACGCUGCCCUGCUGCCACCUCCACGGGACCCCAACACCCGGAGCUGGGGCUGUCCGGAUCGUCCCAGUCCCCCUGCCACCCCCGAGCAGCCCCUGCCUGCUUUCUGCCUGCACUAUUUCGACAUGCUCUACUCCGAGGACAUCACCUGGGCCACCAAGGGCAUGGGGGAACCAUCCCAAAGUGGUGCCCAAGGUGGGCGUGGGGAGGUGCAGAAGGAACCGGAGCAAUGUCCCAUCAUCGACAGCCAGGGCUUGGGGUUGGGGACCGAGGGGGACCUGCAGACCAGCCUGCACCUGGAGGAGCAUUCGCUGGAGCAGGUCCAGAGCAUGGUGGUGGGUGAAGUGUUGAAGGACAUUGAGACAGCCUGCAAGCUCCUCAACAUCGCCGCAGACCCUGCAGACUGGAGCCCAGGCAACGUGCAGAAGUGGAUCCUGUGGACCGAGCACCAGUACCGGCUCCCGCAGAUUGGGAAAUCCUUCCAGGAGCUGUCGGGAAAGGACCUGUGUGCCAUGUCCGAGGAGCAGUUCUGCCAGCGCUCACCCACCUGCGGUGACAUCCUGCACGCCCACCUCGACAUCUGGAAGUCUGCCGCCUGGAUGAAGGAAAAAGCUGCCCCCGGAGAUGUGAGAUACUGCGGAGGUGAUGCCAGCUGGGCAGACAGUGAGGUGGACUCAUCCUGUGCUGGGCAACCCAUCCACCUCUGGCAGUUCCUCAAAGAGCUGCUGCUGAAACCCCACAACUACGGCCGCUUCAUCCGCUGGCUCAACAAGGAGAAAGGUAUCUUCAAGAUCGAGGACUCAGCACAAGUUGCCCGUUUGUGGGGCAUCCGGAAAAACCGCCCGGCCAUGAACUACGACAAGCUGAGCCGCUCCAUCCGGCAGUAUUACAAGAAAGGGAUCAUCCGCAAACCCGACAUCUCCCAGCGCCUCGUCUACCAGUUCGUCCACCCAGUCUGA